AUGGAGAAUGUGCCCGUCGAACUACUUGAGAAAAUUCUUCUGCACUUCAACAGUACUCUCCCUGAACUGCUCUCCAUAUCAGUGGUCAGUCGUCAAUGGCACUCAUUAAUAAGUGACGAACUCUUUCUCAACAAAUGGGCACAGCGGCGUUUUGCACGUCAUCCAGCUAUUCAACUAACCAUGGAAGAGGAACAUGAGCGUUGGAAAGAUGGACAAGAACAUAGGGUCCACGUACUCCCUUUUCCAUGUCCCAUUUCCUCGUCGUUGUUCACAGUAGUUAAAGCUGAGUCUAAAUACCGAUCGAAUUCCAUUCCAGCUAUUCAAGGAGACUAUUCUCUCGCCUUCUGGAUUUACAAUUUUUACGGCUCAGGUAAAUUGGAAUUCCAAGUGAAUUCGAAGUCGACGGAUCAAGUACUUCGUUUCGAAUAUGAUAAAUAUCAUCGUUCUGCACAUAUUUAUUUUGGAGGUAUAAGUUAUACAGCAAAGGAAUUGCCUUACAAUUCAUCACGAAAGCGGCCGUGGUGUCACUUCGUUGUCAAUGUUCGGCAAGGCGGACAAGUUUCUCUCUGGUGCAGUCGCCUUAAGUGUGAACUUGAAACAGACAAUUGUUCGAUGCAACUGUUCGCCCCGAAACAAGAAGGUGAUUUUGUCGAGGUAGAAUGCUCAUUCAGGUUCUGGAUAGCUCCAUUGGUGGACAUUCGUCUCUUUCUCUUCUGCCUUACCUCAGUAGAUAUUUAUUCUAUUUACGAACAAGAAAGCACUUUCGAUUUGGUGAAAGUUGGCACUGGACGGAAAGAACUUGUUAAACAUAUUAGAGAACUAAGAGAAAACUAG